UUUGCAACGGGUAGCAAUGCGCGGAAAGUGAUGCGAGCAUUUCACAAGUAAAUAUGUAUUAAAAAAGAUUAAAGAAAUAAAUUACUAAUGAAAGUUUCAGUGAAUCACAAAUUUGUGUUGAAAUUCCCACCAACACUGACGGUUCAUCAAACAACAAUAAAAGUGCGGAUAUAAAAAAAAAUUAUGAUUAAUAAACCACAACCAAAAACAGGCAGCAAUCAAAGCAAAAAUACAAAAAAUGCAAAAUGAAAAUCUUGUACGCGAACAAAAGAAAGCAAAAUGAUAAUGAAGAAUACUUGUUGAAGCAGAGAUGCGCAACGGGUGAACGUUUCUAGCUUAGUUGAAAAACUAAAACAUUUGAAUAAAAAUAAAAAAAUGUGAAAUAAGGGUAUUUAACACUACUGCGACCAGCAGCGCGACACACAUCAAUAUCAUUUUAUAACCGCUAUGUUAAACAAUAGUAAAUCGUACGAUUUUAAUAUGAAACAACAAAAGCAACAACUAACAAUAUAGUAUAUAUGUAUGUAUUUACAUAUAUAUUCAGUAACGCCGCAAACAAUAACUAAACGAUGUGUAUUUGCAAGACAAGCAACUAAUCCGGCGGCGCAGAAAUGUACAAGGAUAAUUGAAGGAUAACGUUGCUGUUCGUUGUUCGGUUGAGUUACGCUGUAAAUUAGCAGCCGGCGCUUAUUCUUCAACGCUUCGCUACUCACUACUCAGUUCUCAAUUGUCAGUUUUCAGUUUACAUCCUUCAAUCUACAGCUUUUGCCGUACACCGUUCACCGUUCCUCCGUUUGCUGUUCGCUGUUCGGUUUAUUCAGCUUUCGGCAACCACAUCCACAUUAUUCUUCAUUGUCUGUUUGUUGAGUUGUUGGUGUUGUUUUGCGCUUGAAUGCAGGCUCGUUGCUGCCUGUGAAUCGCUAUUGUUCUCCUACCCAUACAUUCUAUACCUACAUACGCAUGUAUGCACGUAAAAUGAGUACGACGGGAUGAAAAUACAACCAACAACACUGCAAAUAAGAAUACGAGCAACACUGUUGGUAAAUAUUUAGCUGUGGAAAAGUUAUGGUCGUUGUUUGUAAUAAAUGUGAAUAAGUAAAGAGAAGGCUUAUGCCAAUCUACAACUAUAAACGCAACAGCAACAACAUCGACAACAACAACAACAGCAUCAACAAUAAACGAAGCAUCAACGCAUCAAUUGCGCAACAAAUGUGCUGAGUGGGAAUUAGAAAAGAAAAUGUCUGUUUAGAGAUGGCAAAAAUUACACGACGUGCCGCUGCCUCGUCGUCAUCAACGUUGGCGUCGAUAAAAUCAACUUCAUCAUCGGACACUUCAAGGUCAACAACAGCAACAAGUUCUUCCACUUCAAAUGCUUCCAAAUCGACUGUUAAGGCAAGUGCAACAAUAAUAAAAACAACAACGAAUGCCAAUCAAAUUAUCAAUGGCGUUAAGCCAGCACGUUUGGCUGCAACGGAUAUGUUGGACAAACUGGCCAUGCCACUCAUUGCAUUUACUGAUCCUCCUACACUUCGCAAAAAUGGCGGCAAUGCAGCUCGCGCCAAACAAUUUGCGACAAAUGGGAAUAGCGGCGCCUUACCUAACACGAAUACAACGACGACGACUGGUACCGCAUUCGUUUAUGACGGCACAAAUGAGCCCAUGCAAUAUACGGGCAAGGGCCGUUACAAUAAAAGUCUGAUUGAGCGGCAAAUUGAGCAGCAGGAGUUCUAUGCCACCUACGACGUGAUGACUGGUGUACGAAUUGCCGCGACGCUGAGUGGAUUUUUCGGCUUUUUGGUAUUUCUUAUAGUUUGGAAGAGUCGCAGCAGUUCCAAUGAGACAAUGAAAGUGCUGAAGGAUCCCAAAAUGGCUGCUGUAGCCGCCGUCUGCAUGCAAGAGGAAGAGGAGCGUGAAAUUCAGGAGGCCAUGGUUGCAACUGGCAUGUCGAUAUACCCGGAUGAAUACGAUGCUAUUAUCUAUCGGCGACAACGAUUGCUAUCCUUGGGCAAUGUCAGCGCGCCACCAAUGUUAAAUCGGGGAUAUCGCUUUUCCUCAGUGGAUAUUCCUGCUUAUGAAACUAUAGGUGGUGGUGGCUACAGCAGCCUGCUGGAGCCACCUCGACGAUUUUCUUAUUCGGCAACUUCUGGCGUGGGCAGCUUUACCGCAGGGCGCCGGAAAAGUGGCUCCGAGUCGUCACGUAUUCUAAGUAACUAUCCGAUGGGCAGCAGUUUCGGGAAUGAAGAUUACUUUAUUGAAACAGAAGACGAACUCGAGUGCACCGACUACCCGCGUAGUGGGACACGGCUCGACGAACUUGCUGACAUGCCGAAACGCACCGAUUCAACGAAAAGUAAACGUGGGUUUCUGGAGGUACCGCCUGCGGGUCAGGACUCGCGACGUAGCAGCGCCAUGACAUGUUGCAGUACUGAAAGCUCAUACUUGGAACGACGCUGUUCAGCGUUCACCUUAGGUUUGGGCAACUUGCCGCCGACACUUCAACGAAAGCUAUCAACAACCUCACGUGCAUCGAGUACUGAUAAUUGGGACUACUACUAUCCGGAUAUACAGGUCAUACAGCCCACACCGAAACCAUCCCCUUGUCCGUCGGAGCGCAGUCUCUACGAACAAUUGCAGGCGCACGCGAACGGCACUGUGACCACGUGCGGAAAAGUGUCUGAGAGGGACGCACAGCCACAGUCACAGCCACAGCCAUCAAAAACAUCCGUGGCUACCAUCACCACUCAUAGCAAAACUGGCACUACAAAUACGGUGAUAAGUGCUGAUCGAAAAGUAGCGAACGCACACACCGAGGCACAGAAGUUUGUACGCAAACACAGCAUAGCCUACUACGAUCCGGAAAGCGCGCAAGCCGGGCGCAAACAAGAAAUUCACUCAAUCAGCGCCGAUACGGUGGACAUAUAUCCCUACAAUCAACACCUUUUCGAAAACAGAGGUUUGAUUGGUUUCAGUGAUGCCGGAUCGGUGUUCAAGUCAGGGCCACAACCAGCGACGCCCUCCACUAGCGCUGCCUACGGACAUCAUUACACCGACUCGCCUACGGAGGAUUCCCGUGGCAGCUUGCGCGGAAAGGUUGCAAUAAUCGAGUUGCAACGGCUCGCCUACCCGACCGAGCAGAUGACGCCGCCAUCAAUGCAAGAGCACAAUAACAAUAGCUUUCCAUAUACUAGUUCCGCUGCCGCCAUAGCAGCCGCUACCGCUGCAGCAGUUGUUACCGCCAACUCCAGCAGCAUAAGCGUCGAUAGCACGCCCAUCAGCUUGGGCAAACUAAAUGGCAGUGGCAGCUUGGGCACCAUAUCAGCGAAAGCGCUCUUCAAUGUAGAAAAACGCGCGCCGCUCGCCUCUCUUAGUUCCUUCAAAAUCUCGUCACUAGAGUAUCAAGACUCCGAAGCCCGCUCAGUAGACGAGGACUCCGUGUUCCUGGAUAGUGUAGCCGACACAGAUGAGGAUAUGCAGCAAUUGAGCAGCGACAGCGAGGAGGUCAGUUUCGGCGAACACGAUCCGAAUAGCAUGCGCGAAAAUGUAGCGCUCGUACCGAUGCAAAGUGGGGGUGGUGGCGGCGGCAGCUCCAAUGAAGCUUCAGUAGCUGUACAUCCCGCAUCGCAACCACUCAAGUAUCCCAUCGAAAAGCGCUAUAGCCUGGGCGCUGGAUCGAGUGUGGCUGGUACGAAGCUAGCACGCGCGCGUCGCCCACUUCUACAACGCCACCGCACAAUCAGCGUUUCUUCCAGUGAUCGUGUAGCGCUGAUCGGACAUCAGCUAAGGGAGUUUCCCCACACAGGCAGCGGCAGCCAGACGCCGACCACAAUCGCUGAAUCGGUGCCACUCGAGACGCAUUUUGGUUCGUUUAUUUGCACAAGCCUUUCGCCAACACAUCCACGCCGCGCGCAACUACUGCAACAGUACAGCGAUCCACAUAGUAUGCCAACCACUACGACAACCACAGAAGAUGAUACCUGCUCUACUUUGAAUACUGAACUUUGUGGUGGUGGCGCACAAGGACCCAGCGGUAGUGGCAGUGGUGGUGGCGGUGGCGGAGGUGGCGGUGGCUCUGCAACACUAACCGAACACAGCAGCUUAAAUACGGUAGUCAGCUUCGGUCGCUCAAGUCCGCUUACGGACAAUAAUCAGACGAGCUGUAGCCUUAGCGUUGGCGCAAGCGCUGCCGCAACCGCAGCCACUGCCACUCAGCGCUAUGCUAUAGAAACCCAGAAGGCCUCGAAAAAUCAAACGAAUACAACACAACCACAACUGCCAUGCUCCAGACUCUAUGAUGACCCUUGUGCCUCCUCGGUCUCAGACUCGAUGCUCAUCACUACAACAACGCGACAGCCAAUUAUUUGCAUGCCCGCAUCACUGAAAAAUCUCAUCCUACGCGGCGCUGGAUCCGGCUCUGGAAACGUCACUGCUACCGGCACUAGCUCUACAGCUACAACUGAAAGGCCGUCAGACUCUCCCAACGUUUUGGUGAGUAGAAGUGCUACCAAUUUGAGCUUGCUAGACCCCAAUGCCCGCAGUGGCGAAGAGGAAACUUGCCGCUCGGUUAUGCUGGAACUGCCUCUUAUAAAGUUACCUACCGAUGAGAGUUCAGACAGUUCAUCGGCAUCGGAGGAUGUUGAACGUGCGCGUAGUAAAAGUGACGAAUCACGCGAACCCAGCAUGGCGGGUAACAAUCGGAAAUGGUCGAAGGAGACGCUGUUCUAGCUAGGAUCGAAAUCACAAAGUUUGAUCUUUAAAAUGGGCUGAGCGAACAGGGAUCAGGGAUGGAACACUUUACGAAAACGAAAGUUCUAACUAUUGAUAAUGCUCAAAAGCUCGGGUGUUAGAUCAAAAAUGAGAUGAAGUAAAGAUAUGGCAUCUUGAUUGAACUCUUCGCCUGUCCGGUUAUGGAAUUGCAUUUGCUGUUGUGACACAAAGUUGGCACAAAAACUUUUUACAGGAGCUUAGUACGUACUAGAUUCUCAUUACGAAAACGAUCAGAAAAAGAACUAAUUAUAAUUGCAAUGUAAGAGAUUAGCGUAGAGUUUAAAUUGAAAAUAAAUAUUUACAUUUGUAAGUGAAAAAGAAAAAUAAAAAAGAACACAAACAAUACAAACAAAAAAAAACGGGUGAACUUAAUAGCAUUUCGUGAGCAAUUUAUGCGAUUCAAAUUGUUAUUUGUAUUUGGUAAAAAAUAAUUACAAAAAAAGUAUACUUAACGAUGGAUUAUCAAAAACCAUAUACAAGAAAUAAAUAAUAAGUAAAUAAUUCACUAGCUUUAAAGAUUACGUUACAAAAAGAAAUGACAUGUCAACUGAAAGAGGGUAAAUGCGAAUUUUAUUAAAAUCGAACUGGCCAUUAAUUUAGCCAAAAAUCAAUGAGUAAUACCAAGGACCUGAUAAGCUGAUAAGCUGGCCAAAAUUUUACAUACAUUGUAUUAGAGGUCAGAGAGAAUUGUGUUUCAAGAACGCCUCAAAGAAUCUUAAAUAUCUGAAGAUCCUGUUAUCAUCGAAAUAAACUUUCUGAUUUAUCGUAGAAGAAACUCAUUUGCAUAUUUUC